GCCCUGGCUGUUCCGUUGUGGUGACGUCCCUCCCGCCUCCUCCUCCUCUGGUCGCUGUUUCUCGGCAGCAGGAGAGGUCGGAGAUUCCGCUUCUCUCGUCUUCAUUUUCACUUCCUUCCUCAUCAAAUGCUGCUUGUGGUGCCGGGAGGACGUGAUCGAGCCGGGCCGCCGGGGGAUCUUUUCACCGCCACGAUGAGGGUCGCUAAGGGCGGACUGAGCUGAGAGGAAGAAUCGGAGAGAGGCGCCUCUUUCUUUGAUACGCAGCCCGCAGGGGUGGCGUCUCCCACCGGCGUCCAGAAAUGCGGCCCCGGUCCAUUUAGCUAACCGUUCUCCCGUCGAAGCGCUUUGGCUCCGGUCACCCGAAAGAUGCCACAUUAGCCGCAUUAGCUAGCUAACAAGCCCCCGGACUCGGCGGAGGUGUCCCCGCGGUCUUCUGGCCUCUGUGGUUCGGUUUGAUCCCGGACCGUGAUUCAGCUGGAAUUAAACCGGGGUUUAUUCAUCCACCCGCUGUUUGCUCAAGUCACACGGUAGUCGGAAAGAUUUGGGGGGGCGAAGGUCCGGUUCUGCCAGGGUUCUUGUUAUUUUGGACCAUGAAGCUCAGAUUUUGGAUUUUAAACGCAUCAGUUUAAGCCGUGAUCCGUGCUGCCUUCACGGACCCCGACAAUGAUGCUCGUGUGAGAAGAGGAGCUGCCUGGUGGGACUCUGGGCUUCUUUUGGGUUGUUUUUGAAUUAAACCAGCUGAACACGCAAACCCCUCUGACCAGACCGGAACCAGCACUCGGGGACAGGAACAUGUCUCUACGCACGGCCCUGCCUGGGAACGAGCGGAACCCGGACCAUCAUGCCUCGCUGUCAGCCAGCCGCUCAGAAAAAGGUACCGGCUGGUCGAGCCGCUCGCUCGGUGCCCGAUGUCGAAACUCCAUCGCCUUGUGUUCCGACGAGCAGCCGCACAUCGGAAACUACCGGCUACUCAAAACCAUCGGCAAGGGCAACUUUGCCAAAGUCAAGCUGGCACGGCACAUAUUAACCGGAAGAGAGGUGGCGAUAAAGAUCAUCGAUAAAACACAACUUAAUCCAACCAGCCUUCAGAAGCUGUUUCGAGAGGUACGCAUCAUGAAAACUCUUAACCAUCCAAACAUAGUUCAGUUGUUUGAGGUGAUUGAGACGGAGAAGACGCUUUACUUGGUUAUGGAGUUUGCUAGUGGAGGUGAAGUGUUUGACUACCUCGUGGCUCACGGUCGAAUGAAAGAGAAAGAAGCCAGGGCCAAAUUCAGACAGAUUGUCUCAGCUGUGCACUACUGUCAUCAGAAGAAUAUUGUUCACAGAGACUUGAAGGCUGAGAACUUGCUGCUGGACGCUGACGCCAACAUCAAAAUCGCCGACUUCGGUUUCAGUAAUGAGUUCACUGAAGGCAGUAAACUGGACACAUUCUGUGGCUCCCCGCCUUACGCCGCUCCAGAGCUCUUCCAGGGGAAGAAGUACGACGGUCCAGAGGUGGACAUCUGGAGCCUGGGCGUCAUCCUGUACACACUGGUCAGCGGGUCGCUGCCUUUUGAUGGACAGAACCUAAAGGAGCUGCGGGAACGGGUUUUAAGGGGGAAGUACCGUGUGCCCUUCUACAUGUCUACAGACUGUGAGGGAAUCCUGCGGCGCUUCCUGGUCCUCAACCCGACUAAACGCUGCUCUCUGGAGCAAAUAAUGAAAGAUAAGUGGAUUAACAUUGGCUAUGAGGGUAACGAUCUGAAGCCGCACAUAGAGCCUGAAGAGGACUUCGGUGACACCAGUCGUGUUGACGUGAUGGUGGGGAUGGGCUUCGGCAGAGACGAGAUCCGAGAGUCGCUGGUCAGUCACAAGUACAACGAGAUCACCGCCACCUACCUGCUGCUCGGACGCAAGAAUGAGGCGGAGGGCACGGAGUCCCGGUCAGGCAGCAGUCUAAGUUUGGCUCGAGUGCGCCCAAGCACCAUUUCAAACGGAACAAGCAAACACUCCACGUCCUCUUCCUCCUCGGGUGCACCGUCUUCCUCCUCUGCACACAAGCCGCAGCGCAGCGCCUCCACCUACCACCGCCAGAGACGACACUCGGACUUCUGCGGUCCUGCAGCUCCAGGGUCAGCUCACCCCAAACAAAGUCCCAGCGGUGAAGGAGCAGGACUUAAAGAGGAGCGUCUGUCGAUACGCAAGCCGAGCACCUCCACUGUGGGCUCCCGUAGCAUCCCCACGCCCUCCAGCCCCAUGGUUAGCUCCGCCCACAACCCAAAUAAAGCCGAAAUACCCGACAGACGCAAGGAAGUGAACUCAACUACGAAUAACAUUCCGUCUCGGGCCAUGACCCGAAGGAACACUUACGUGUGUACGGAUCGGACGAGCACCGAUAGACACUCUCUGCUUCAAAAUGGCAAAGAAAACAGCACCAUAUCCCACCGCCUGCCCCCCGCCUCACCUUCCACCCACAGCAUCGCUGGCGCCUCCGGGGUCUCCUCCUCAUCCUCCACACCUUCGUCCUGUCUCUCCAGGGGAUCCACCGUGAGGAGCACGUUCCACGGGGGGCAGAUCAGAGACCGUCGUACCCCCUCCCACACACCCUUGCCAUCACCCACCCCAUCUCACAACGCCAGCCCGCUGCCUCACGUCAGGACCCGGGCCACGGCUAACCUGCUCAGCAAACUCACCUCCAAGCUGACCCGCAGGGUCACUCUUGACCCUUCUAAACGUCCGAGCUCAAACAAGUCCGUGUCGGGCUGCACCCUCCCGCAGGGGACAAAAACAGUUAACGAACCUGAGAGAAUCAGCAGAUCUCCGGUCACAAGUCGCCAUCUAUCUGGGCAUCAAAAAGCGGUCGAGCCCCGGACCCCCCGAUGCGGCUGGGAUGUGAGGGUGCGGAGCCCCCGAGACCCGGCCGAGGUGGUGCUGGCUCUGCGCGAGGCGGCGCAGGGCUGCGGCUGCCAGGUCCACCUGGCCGGGCCUUUCCUCCUAUCCUGCACCCACGGAGCAGCCGGCGCCCGAGUGGCCUUCGAGGCCGAGGUGUGCCAGCUGCCCACCGGGCUGGGCCAGAGCAGCGGGGUGAAGUUCAAGCGCCUGUGGGGGGCGCCGUUAGCCUUUAGAGACAUCGCCACCAAAGUGUCCAAGGAGCUGGAGCUCUGAGAGCACCGGGGGGUGGGGCAGAUCGGUGACAGACAGGUGGAGGAGGAAGGACAAACACUCUCCUCUUCCUCAUCUGAUGUGGUUAGCCUCACCUCCACCUGAAGACCUUCAGCUUCCUGACUCCACCCAUCUCAGCUGGACGGAUGGAUGCAGACAGGCGUGUGGUGACCUUUGAACCCUGCGCAGCACCUGCUCCCACCUAGUUUAUGACGCCAUAGAGACUUUUUUUUUUUUUUCAACAGAAUUGAAUUUGAGGCUGAUGUGGAUGUUGUUGCAGAGAAUGAUGGAGAGUGAUAAUUUGUUAUUUCUGUUGUUUGUCAUUAUUCCUUUUUAAAGAGCUGCUAUUUAAAUAAGUUUUAUAAUUAUUUUUGUGUAAUAUGUUUUUUUUUUCCCUUUAGUUUUUUUUUUGAAAACAGGCAAAUAUGUUGUCAGAAUUGGAAACGGACGUCACAGAAAGACCUCCGGCCUCCAGAGGGAGACUUGCGGAAAUGCGGAGACUUGGCAGACUAAAAGAAGUUUGAAGCAAAACGACGUUUACGUUUCUGCCCGGUGGGCUUGUAGCGUUCAGGUACAAAUGUUGACAUCCAGCAGAUGAGCCACGACAAACCGGACCGUACGAGUCCAACUGUAGGGCUCUUUAGUUGCAGACGGGGUCGAUUAGAGGACGCGCAGUAAAAGUUGGAGAUUAGAAUCGUGGGUUUCCUCACAUCAACAUGUCUCCUAAAGAGCUCACAUUUAUUUUAACCAAGUUUUAAGCCGAUCAAUCUGUUACUUUUACCUGAAGCGGGGCUUUUAGAAAGGAUUACUGAGAUACUAUUUAACGUACCGAUGAGAAAAUAAAACAAAGAUAAAGUUGUUUUUCUUGCUU